UCAGAUUACUGUAGUUCAGUGAAAACUUGCUAAUCAGCCAUCAUUUGACAUCAUGUGUACUGAAAUAAGGGAACACCUAAAACAUUAAAGGCAGUGUGCCUUGAGGACCAGGGCUGAGAAACACAGAAAUGACAGUAGUUAUCCGUCAUGGGCUAGAAAAGGCAGAAAUAAUUAGUUAGGCAUAAGAAGACAAUCAAGGACAAGGAAGGAACGCUGGAAUACUACUCACAAGGUUUUCAAUAAUUUGGUGAGGAAGCAGACACGGAAGGGAGCUGCAAUUCUAGUGAGCACAGGCAAGAAGAGCACCUGUUGCUCGUUGUCUGUGGGACUCAGCUCUGCCCCCUAUCAGUGAGACACGGAACACCGCGUGCCACCCAUGAUGAAGAGAUUGUGCUGAAGCCAAAAAGGCAAGAAGGCCUGGAAGAUUCUCUUCCUCUGAUUGUUUGCUUGACCUGAAAAGUCUGAGAACCCUGCACAGCCCAUUGCGGUGACACAUCUUCCCCAGGCUGGAAGGGGGAAUGGGCUCAGUUUUUCCAGUCAUCCUUUUUGCAGGCCCCGGGGGAAAAAUGCACUUAAGAAAACAUACAUAGCAGCAACACAUGCUGGAGCAGGGGCCUCACUAGCACACCCUCAAACUGAGGAAUCUAUCAAGAUGUUGAGAUUGGAGGGCUUGUUGAAAAAGAUACUGUGUCAAGGGCUUUUUCCCUGGAGUCAUUCUGCUUCGAUGUUGGAGACGAUUGUCCGGCCUGGAGACAACAUCACCAUUUACUGUGACUGCAAAGUGUCAACUGGAAUAUAUGUAGUUUGGUUCAGGAACUGUUCCCAUCAAUACCAACCUACUCUUGUUGUAGACGGGAAGAUGAACUUUCAUUAUGAAAGAAAAAUCACAUUCCCUCGUUUCAAAUUUGUGAAGAAUGAAUCGUCCAACUCCUUUGACCUGAUGAUCAUAAACGUCACUAAUUCUGAUGAGGGACUUUAUUACUGUGGAACUUUGGAGAACAAGGUAAAGCAACACGAAAACAAAAACCUUUUCUUUCAAGAAGCUUACCUUUAUGGCAACAUCACCACAAAGAUCACACUCUAUACAGAGACUCAUUUACCACACCGAAAUAUUUCCAUGCCAGUGGAGGAAUGUGGUUUGUGCAGGAAGCUGCUCUUUACUCUGUGUCCGGUUUUUUCUGCUCUCUCAGCUCUCCUCUCUGCAUUUCUUGUUUACCUGCUAUGCCAAAAGUCAGCAACCACCAAAGCUGAGAAAAAGAGAGGAAACACUUUAAGACAAACAGAAGAAGCACAGGAUGAGAAUGUGUGUUAUGCUGCCCUGGAAAUUCAUCAGCCAUCACAGAGAAGAGUUGUUUUAUGGAGUCAUUUGUCUAUUUCCACAUUAGUAGUGGAGAAAACAGCCAGACCUGGAGAAAACAUCCUUCUCUACUGUGACUGCAAGCAGUCAUCUGGAGUGUAUAUUGUUUGGUACAAGAAUUCUUCACAUGAAGAGACACCAACUCUUGUUCUAAAUGUAAAGACUGAUUUUGGAACAGAAAAGAUAUUUCCUCGUUUCAAAUUUCUGAAGAACUUUACAUUUGAUUCCUAUGACCUGCUGAUUGUGCACGCCAGCAAUUCUGAUGAAGGGCUCUAUUACUGUGGAACUGAAGAGACAAAGGUGGAGAAAGUCAAAAAUAAAAAUAUGUUGCAGAAGACAAUCCACCAAUACGGCAACAUCAUCACAAAGAUCACACUUGAUUCCAGUGUUGCUCCUUCAAAUACAACCAUAUCUUAUGAGCAGUGUGGUUUGUGCUGGAAGCUGCUCUUUGCUCUGUGUCCUGGUGUUUUUAUUUUUUCCGCCUUCUUGACCUUGACUUUUGGUUUUCUCCUUCGCUGGAAAACAGAAAUGCCUCGUGAUAAGGAGGAGAAAUGUGACUCCAUGAAACUACCAGAAAAAACAGAGGGGGACGAUGUGUACUUUGCUGCCCUGGAAGUCCAUCUGGCAUUUCAGAAAAAAAAGAAGAGAAUGAUCCACACAUCAGACUUCUGCAUCUUUACUGAUGUCAUAUACAACAUGAAAGUCAAAGAUUAAAAUGUUCUGAUCUCAGUGUUUGUUAAUUUGGUUAUGAAUGAAUGAAUGAAUGAAUGAAUGAAUGAAUGAAUGAAUGAAUGGCAAACUAAUAAAAAAAUACUCAGUUAUAAUUGCUGCCAGCUGCAAAUUAAAACAUGUUCACAAGUUUGAUCAUCAAAACAAAAUUAUUAAAAAAUUCAAGCAAACAAAAUAAAUAGGGCAAAAAAUCUUUGUGCAUAAGGUUUUCCUUCAUAAUGCUAAAUGUAUUUCUGCUGCACUUCCUGUCUUUGUUUUUUGAUCUCUCUUCUUAACAUGUUUAAUGCGCUUUGGACAGUGAAACUGCUGUAACCUGAAAGUGCAGUCUGUCCUCUGCAGAAGUGUGAGGGGCCCUUUGUCAUUGUGGAUUUCCUGUUUUACUGAGCAGUGACUGCGUUUGAAGGUUAACUUUGCUUUCAAUUUUGUCUUAUUCCACACAUUUAGAUAAGCAAUGAAGUUGACACAUCUAUAAACAAACUCAAUAAGAAGUUAGUUUGAUUUUUAGUUUGAACUUUUGCAAAUGACAGAUGUACACAAAAUGUUCCAGAAACAGCUUUUGAAAAGUAGUAGUAGUAGUUAUGACUAUUAAGAAAUGUAUUAGAUCAAUAAAAAGAAAAAUGAUAUCUAGAGACAGAUAUUUUCUAAAAGAAAAGGCUUUGGGAAUAUAAGAACAAAGUACAUCAAGGUAUUAUGAAUUUCAAAAGAAUCCCUCUUUAUUUUGUUUCCAGUUAUUGUCAUUUCUCAACCAUAAAAUAUAUAUUUUUGCUGAAAUGUCACUGUGUACUAAUAUAUAGUCUGUCUGUUGUGAUGCAUGUAUUCAUACAGAUGUAUUCAUACAGAUUAAAUUGUUUUAUAGUACACUAUAUCUUCUUAGUACUUUUGAAAAAUAUAAAUGAAAUAAAAUCGGAGAAGUAGGAAGUGCAUUUGUAUUCACCUCCAAGUCUAGAGGUGAGUAUUUACCAUUUAAACCCAUGCAAAUGCUUUCAUGCACUAUAUACUUUAUGUUGAUGCAUCACAUAAAAGCCUCCCAAAAUGCAUUAAAUGAUUACACUAGAGAAGAUCUUCACCAGUCACCAGGUUAAGUGGUUGUCCUAAACCAGAGAAAGUAGCAAAUUGGACGUUUGUAGAGCCCCACUGCUAUGCAUACUUAAUAUAUGAAAAACAAACAUAAAAGCUGUAAAAGAUAGUCCUUAUUCUUUAUAACUUUGGUUGAUAAAAUCCAAGGAUAAUCACACUGAUGAGCAUUUGUUCUUUGUUCUGCAGAUUUCAUCAUAUUGACAAGAUAAACUUGCAGUUUACCUGCAGGCAAACUGUGCAAUUAUUGCACAGUUUGCAAUAAUUGUAAUUCUGUUCUAUGUAGUUGUACUUUUACAGUGUAUUUUUGAUUAUGAGAGGAGAUGUGUAGCUCUGUGCAGGAGGGCAAAUAUUCUUUAUGCAAAUGGAAAAAUAUAUAUUCUUUUUCACUGAAAAAAUAAAGGUUUUUUGAUUAACUUCUAUAUACAUCACAGAGGAGAUAGGUUAAAAAUAUUAGUACUCUUAUAUACCAUGAAAUGGUUAACUUUUUCUGUAGUUGCCUAACAAUAGUCAUUCUUUGAGUGAAAGAGAGGAAAUGAAACUGACUGGGUCAUGGCUUUAUAGCUGUGGAACCAUCUGCUUUCACAUUUGUGAUUAGCUGUACCGACUGUUCCUUUAUAACAUAGAUAAAGAACAUACCUGUUUAGUCAGACAUUAUUUUAGAAUUAAGUCUGGCAUUGUCAAGUGAAUAAUCUUACUGUUUUUAUUUUGGAAUUUUUGUCUUAUGUAUGUCCAUUUUAUUUUACUUUGUAUUCUGACUGAUUAAAGAGCUG